CUGUGUGCUUUUUACGUUCUGGAGGGAGGUUUGCUUACCGGAUAAAGUUUAAAUAAAAGAUAACACUUGGUGUUCACUAAUGAGCAAGACUGAAGACUAAAUCUACAAUGAUUGGAGUCUGUGAGGGCCCAGUUAACGGACCGACUCUAAGCUAACCUCAGGCAGCCCCACCGGCAAUAGACGGUGACCAUUGGAUUUGAAAGCCACUUCCCUGUCAAGUCCGAGCAAAUUUUACGCUACUUUUCAAAUGGGGUGGAAAAUUGUUAUUCGCCUUUACCUGCUUUGCAAACAUAUCUUUAUCAAAAGUCCACCUCUAAAUUUGUCGCCUGCUUCCGGAAUCCUUGGUUUGCAUUUUGGAGCUCUGGAUGUUCAAAUCUAUCGAAGUUUAUAGAAUCAUUGUUCGUGUUCUUUUUCUUAAUUAAUUUUUCUUGUUUGAUUUCUGAGUUAUGCAAAUCGCACAGCAGACGUGUUGCAGACGUUUUUACUGGUGAAUUGAAAGUUGCAAUUCGGAAUGUUGGGGGUUGGGCUUAUUCUGAUAGGGUUUAUCAGUAGUUUGAGUCUUCCAGCGGUCAGCGCUUCAGCCAUUCUAAAAUUGCAGCAUAUCUAUGCGAACAAGGAGGGGAGAGGAAUGAGUAAUGAGCAAUUUCAGAUGCUCAAAGCUCAUGACAGAGGGAGACACAGUCGCAUGCUCAAUUCUGUUGUCGCCUUUCCUCUCGGAGGUUCGUCCGAUCCUUUCAUUGCAGGGCUUUACUAUACGAAGGUUGUACUUGGCACGCCUCCAAGGGCAUAUUAUGUACAAAUCGAUACCGGGAGUGAUGUAUUGUGGGUGAAUUGCAGGCCUUGCAAUGCAUGCCCGGUCACCAGUGGACUCGGGAUAACACUUAAUUUUUUUGAUACCCAAGGAUCAUCAACAACCUCACCAUUGCCAUGUGAGGAUGCCAAAUGCAUUGCAUCAAAUCAAAUUUCGGACUAUCUUUGCACAUUGCCUGAUCAUUAUUGUGGUUACAACUUUGCAUAUGGUGACGGAAGUUCCACUCUUGGUUACUACGUGUCUGAUCUUUUCCAUUUUAAUCAAAUUGUUGGGGAUGAUGAACCAUACAAUACUUCUCCCUCAAUAAUCUUUGGGUGCAGCUUCAACCAAUCUGGUGACUUGACAAAGCCAGAGAGGGCUGUGGAUGGAAUUUUUGGAUUUGGGCAGCAUGAGCUGUCUGUGGUUUCUCAACUUCAUUCAAAGGGAUUAGCACCAAAUGUAUUUUCCCACUGCUUACAAGGACCGGAUCGUGGUGGUGGUAUCAUGGUACUUGGAGAGAUUAUAGAGCCAGGAAUAGUUUAUACACCUAUAGUCCAAUCACAGGCGCAUUACAAUUUAAAUCUUCUGGGUAUUGCCGUGAAUGGGCAGAACCUGCCUAUUGAUCCUCAAGUUUUUACUACAACAAACACUCGUGGAACGAUUGUUGAUUGUGGAACUACACUAGCAUACCUAGCAGAGGAAGCAUAUGAUUCCUUUUUCAACACAAUUGUUGCUGCGGUAUCAAAAUCGACACAACUUGUUAUGUACAAAGGAGACCCAUGCUUCUUUAUUUCUAAUAGCAUUGAUGAGAUUUUCCCCCCUGUUACCCUGUACUUUGAGGGUGCGGCUAUGGAAUUGAAGCCUCAAGAUUAUCUUGUUCAACAAACAACAUCUGACAAUACUCCCAUAUGGUGUAUGGGCUGGCUGAAGAGUGGAGCUCAUACAAAUGAUAAGAAAAUGACAAUAUUGGGAGAUCUUGUUCUUAAAGACAAGAUUUUUGUGUAUGAUCUGGAAAACCAGCGGAUAGGGUGGACCAACUAUGAUUGUUCCUCAACUGUUAAUGUAUCAACAGCUCCUGAUGAUAACAAGUCUAUUCACUCUGCAACGCUAAAUGGCAGUGGUAGCCCACCAUCCAAAUUGCAGAAAGAGCCUGCUACAACAAUUUAUUUUUUGAUUUUGUUGUUUUGUAUAUUAUGAUUCUUAAUGGCAAUAAAUGAGCAGUUUAUCAUUCUUGUAGUGAGUAUUGGCGAAAUGUCAAUCCGAUUAUUUAUUUAUAUUAUUUACCACCUUGUAAAGGGAGUGUAGAUAAGGCCAAGCCUACAAAGAGUCAAGGGCAAUUCAUGUGACGCUAGCCAGCCGGGAGAUUUAUGUUCAAAGCAAAUUGGUCUUGGGGAUGUUCUCUCUUUUUGGCCAUCACCGUUUACAAACAAGAAGAGAAUCACACCCUCUUACUAUGUAAUCAAACCACAUACGAUAAUGGACUUUUUGAAGGAAACCAACAACUGCCUUGUACUUGAAGGUAAAAGGAAAUGUCAGUUUGUCCAUUUUAAGAAAGAUACUAGAAUGCAUGUUUA